GCUGCUGACAGGUAGAUGAGCUGUGCGCUGUCCGCGGUGCUGAAACCUCCUCCAGCUGCACCCACACCGGAGAUUCCCCCACCUCAGGUUAGACCUGAGCUCCGAUCAUCUCCGCCGGCUCAAGCUCUCCACAAUCCCACCUCAGUUUCUCAAAUAAUAGAACAAUAAAAAAGGAGGGAAAAAAAAAUCCAAGUUGUGAUCUUCGGUGGUGCCUUUUUCUUAUCGCGGGCUGGAUCUUAAAAUGGCACUGCACGGAUUAACAUUGCGCAAGGCAAAAGCGGACUUAUUUGACUGCUGUUUUGUGACUGUGAAAGCAACCCUUUCAGACUGAACGCCUCUCUCGUCCUUCUCCAUUUUUUUUCUGGCGCAUCUAUUUUAUUUUUUAGUUUGUUUCUACUGGACACAUGCUUUUCGCUGAAGAGAAAUAGGCGCCUUAUUUCUGGAUUAAUAUCUUAACAAUAUGCUUUUUAAUGCUGCAUUUAUAUUUGUUAUAGUAUUGUAGAAAUUGUUUUCAGAAGAUAAUUUGGAUAUGGAGCCAGGAAAGGAGAAAGCUCUCCCCACCAGUAAAGAGGGGAUGAAACAAAUGGCAGGAAAGGCCCUCGGGGCUCUGUACAGGAGACUCGAAAAGCGGCAGCAAACAGGUGAAGCGAUCGAGCUGACGGAGGAUGGGAGACCGCGAGCGGACGAGGAGCGGAAGACGCCCCUGUGUGACUGCACGUGCUUCGGGCUGCCGCGCAGAUACAUCAUCGCUAUGCUGAGCGGGCUCGGCUUCUGCAUCUCCUUCGGUAUCCGGUGUAACUUGGGUGUGGCCAUCGUCAGCAUGGUCAAUAACAGCACAAUCCACCAAAACGGGAAGAUAAUCAUCAAAGAGAAAGCGAAAUUCAACUGGGACCCGGAGACUGUGGGGAUGAUUCACGGUUCCUUCUUCUGGGGCUACAUAGUUACUCAGAUUCCAGGAGGGUACAUCUCCUCCAGGCUGGCUGCAAACAGAGUUUUUGGUGCUGCCAUCGUGCUGACAUCUACCCUGAACAUGUUCAUUCCCUCUGCCGCCCGGGUCCACUACGGAUGUGUCAUCUUUGUGAGGAUAUUACAAGGGUUGGUGGAGGGAGUGACUUACCCGGCCUGCCACGGGAUCUGGAGUAAAUGGGCUCCGCCGCUGGAAAGAAGUCGUCUGGCAACCAUCUCGUUUUGUGGAUCAUACGCCGGCGCAGUAAUCGCCAUGCCUCUGGCUGGGAUCCUGGUCCAGUAUACUGGAUGGUCCUCUGUCUUCUAUGUGUAUGGAUCCUUUGGGAUAUUUUGGUACAUGUUCUGGAUUUUGGUGUCCUAUGAAAGCCCGGCAGAACAUCCAACAAUCACCGAGGAGGAGCGCCGUUACAUCGAGGAGAGCAUUGGCGAAAGUGCCCAGCUCAUGGGUGCGAUGGAGAAAUUCAAGACUCCCUGGAGGAAAUUCUUCUCUUCUAUGCCUGUCUAUGCAAUCAUUGUGGCCAACUUCUGCAGAAGCUGGACCUUUUAUCUGCUUCUCAUCAGUCAGCCUGCAUACUUUGAAGAAGUUUUUGGCUUUGAGAUCAGCAAGGUUGGAAUCCUGUCAGCUCUCCCUCACUUGGUCAUGACCAUCAUCGUGCCUUUAGGAGGUCAGCUAGCAGACUACCUGCGAACCCACAACAUCAUGUCCACCACUACGGUCCGCAAAAUCAUGAACUGUGGAGGCUUUGGCAUGGAGGCUACUCUUUUACUAGUGGUUGGGUAUUCCCACAGUAAGGGGGUGGCCAUCUCUUUCUUAGUUCUGGCGGUGGGAUUUAGCGGUUUUGCAAUAUCAGGUUUCAACGUGAACCAUCUAGACAUCGCCCCUCGCUAUGCCAGCAUCCUCAUGGGCAUUUCCAAUGGCGUGGGAACACUGUCAGGGAUGGUCUGCCCUCUUAUAGUGGGAGCAAUGACAAAAAACAAGACUCGUGAAGAGUGGCAGUAUGUCUUCCUCAUUGCUUCUCUCGUGCAUUAUGGAGGCGUGAUAUUUUACGGGCUCUUCGCAUCGGGGGAGAAACAGCCAUGGGCUGACCCUGAAGAAACCAGCGAAGAGAAGUGCGGUUUUAUAGAUGAGGACGAGCUGGCAGAGGAGACGGGCGACAUCACCCAGGGAUACGGUGCGAUGGGAGGUCCGGCUAAAAGCUACGGGGCCACGGGGCAGCUGAACGGAGGCUGGGUGCAGGACUGGGAUAAAACGGAGGAAUACGUACAGGAGCCAGCGGGAAAGAUGUACACCCAGCGCGGCUACUCUUAAACCAGACAGUUGUGGUGAGUCUGCCCACGAAAACAGACUCAUCAUCACCAGUUGCACAAGCAUUAUAUUAGAUGUUUAAAUCCAUUCUGUAUGUUAAAGUAAAAGAAGAUUCAAAAGCCACUGUAAAGAAGUAGUUGCAAUGCAGAACAAUCCUCAUUAGAGCCUCAUGUUUCUCAUCACAUGUACCUACAGUAGGGCUUCACUAUACAGACAGCAGUCGUACUAUUUAGGACCCAAAGCUCAUCAAUCUACUUGAACAAGACAAGCCAGACGAAACUGCAGUCGACCAUCAUGUAGGGUCUUUCUCUGAAAUACUACUCUGAUUGCACUGAAACUAUGAAAGUAUUCUAAAAACAAGAUUCUGUUUCUCAAAUAUGUUUUAUGUACUGUAUAUACCUGCAUACUGUUUCUGUGAGACUAUUGUGAAUUUUGGGUCGUUGAUCUGUGUGAACAUUAAUAUAAAAGGCCAUAUUUUUCAUGGACAGUACCUCUUCAGGGAGACGUCUGCUUGCAAAAAAGGUCUUCUUCUUCUCGAGUGAGGCCUGUAACACAAUAUAAGACAAAAAUAGCGUGAGUGAAGUUGAACCGUAGAGUUUUAGUGUGUGUUUGUUGCAUGACUUUUGCUCAGAUCAAUGUUUCAGACGCGGCCGCCUCACAGCCACCGAUAGUCCUCAUUCAGCCUACUGCUUUGUUCUUAGAUUCAAGCGUCUCCCGCCAUUAUAAAUAAUAAGAGGAAUUUUCGUAAUCAGGUUCCGGUCGUGACGUGAGACAAAUCAAAAAAGUUGUGAAGGCAACUGCUGCUCAGAAAACAUUGACUAUUGAUGUUUGGUGUGCACUGCAAUAAAUUCUGUGUACCAGCUGCCACCCAUUACAUUCUGUUUUGUAACGUGACACUGGCUUGCUGUAUCUUAACUGUAAUUGUUUUUGGAGUCAUGUGAUGAUCAACAUUAAGGUGUGUGUUUUAACAAAUUACAAUUAGUGUCUGGAGAUCCCCAGCUUUAGUGCUCACGAUGCAGGAGGAAUGCACUGCUGUGUAUGAACAACCACGUUUUGUGAUCCCCUGGUGUCCCUUGGUUAUUGUCAUUGUCACCAAAAAGUACUUUAUUGACACAUUGAUAUCGUCGCAUAUGAGUGGACCACAUGGAUUAAUAGAUGGCUCUUCCACCUGACUUUAUUUGCUGUUUAAACACUUUGAUUCAUUUUGCUGUAUGAAAAAUCUGCAAGGAUGUUUAAAAUAUAUGAAUAUUUAAGAAUGUUUAUGAUGACCAAAAGAUGCUAUUACGGCUUUGUGCCUAAAGAUUAUGUAAACAGAUAAAUGUGAUUUUAUGGCUUCUAA